AUGACGAAUCAACAGGAAGAAGAAUAUAAGUAUGACAUAUUCGACGAUAUAAAGACUUAUCAAAGUUAUGAAAAUAAUGAAAAUAUAGAAGUAGGUUCAAAUGAUUUCAUUGGUAGUUGUGAUACGACUAAAUGGAACAAUAAUGGAUAUAAUGAACAACUGAAAACUUUGUGUAAAAAUUUUAUAAAAUUAUAUAAAAAAUUAUAUACCCAAGAAACGGAUAAUAAGGAUAAUAAACAGGCAGAGUAUUUGAACUUCUGGUUUAAUAAUAAAUUAAGAAGUAUUCAUAUAAACUUAAAUGACGACCAAAAUAUAUAUAGUAGUUUAAAAAAUAUUUGUACUACUAUUGAUACGAAUAAUAGGAUAAAUGGUAAAAUAAAUAAAAUCACAGAAGACGAUUAUAACAAAUUGAAUAUAUUAAAUAAUUUAUAUACCAGUUAUAUUAAAUUAGAGCCUACAAAACCUGUCCAACAAAAUGAGAAAGUUGAAUUUACAGGUAAUGCGGAAAAAUGUAUUGAAAAUUUUAAGGAUGGUAUAAAAUUAUAUCUCCAAAAAAUUGAUGAUGAUAAUUUUUAUAAGGCGCUCCAUAAAUUUAGUGUUUUAUACAAAAUUGCUAGAUAUAAGUUAGCUUCUAUUGGAAAGUUAGAGGUAGAUCCAUUACCAGUAUUGGAAGAGGAGAAAGCUAAGAAAAAAUUAGAAGAUGCAUGCAAUUCAAUUGAAAAUAUUUUAAAAGACUUUACUGAGUACCAAAAAUAUGAUGAAUUCAAAAAACAAACUAAUGAUAAAAAUAUUUGUGUUAAGUAUUGUGAUAAAAUUAUCCAUCUGGAAAAAAAAUAUAAAGACAUUAAAAUAGUUUCUAUCAAACUUGCAGCUAAUUUAGAUAGUUUAUCUAGUAUGACAAAAAUAAGUGCGGAUCACAGUGAACGAUGUUCAUAUAUGAAUUACUGGACGUAUAAUAUAAUAAUGCACACUUUAAGUAGUAUUUCAAAUAAUGAUGAAAAGAUAUAUCUACUUAAAAUAAUUAAUAAUUUAUUGUUUGAUAUUAAUGAUAAAUUAACAAAAGAAAAAAAAUGUAUUUAUUAUGUAGAUAACGAUUUAGAUAAAUGGAAAGAAGAGAAAGAUUUACAUGACUAUUUUAAGAAUUACAGUGAUAUAGAUAAAAUUGCUUCUGAUAAUAGCAAAAAUACUGACUAUUGCGAUUACAUUAUUUAUAUCAAUUCAUUAUAUGAAAAAUAUGUUCAUAGUUGCUGUACAUAUUUUUUUAAUAAUCCAUACUGGAAUGACUGCAAGGCCUAUUUUAAUUGUGAAGAACAGUAUAAUCCCCAUAAUCUCUAUCUAAAAUUAAAUUGUCAAGAGUUAUCAUCAGAUAAGUUUAAAACAUUAAAAAGGGUAACUACGCCAGUUCCCAUAGAUUAUAAAUUUUCACCUGCUGGACGACGCUUUAGCAAGAAGCAACCGAAGAAUAAACAAAAAAUUACACAUAACCUCAAUGAACCAAAUCGCCAGACAUCCCCGAAGAAAGAAGUAAAUUAUGUGAACAAAAGUUCUAAAAAAGAGAGAAUACGUAUUGCUUAUCAAACCACAUAA